CACACAGAUCAAGAGAACCUCAUAUCAACCAACAAGUCACACCCACCGACUUUGCUGCCCAACACGCUCAGCUCAGAGAUCGUCCCACUUCUUGUCAGCUGUGCUCUCCCCCUGCUGCCCUACCGGCAAAAGCUACAACCCUGCCUGCCCUGAAAAAAACAUCUGAACAGCGGCUCGAUUGUUGCCCUGGCAGCCCCGGAAGCGUGGCACUUGCCGACGGCCACUCACAGCCGCAUCCUUCCUUUAUUAUGCCCCCCUGACCUGGGCGUGGCACCCCCCGGUCCUCUCUCCAUCAGAUCCAAGGCCAAGCAAGGGAAACGGCACCAUUGGACUUGCCCUGCUGCCCUGCCGUCCAAGCUUUUUGACGACAGUCACUCACUCGCGACAAAACAAACCCACGCCAGAGACGGCCAUACGCUGCCCACACAGAACACCCACGACAACUUCAUACCACUCCCGAGACACGAGAACAAAGCGCGCUCCCCUGCCUGCGCACGCGUCGUUCCACCAAGUCCACCUGCCUGAUCUUUCAAGCACCGAGGCGCUGCUUGCUGUUUGCGAUCGUCUGUCCGAGCUUUCACCGGCCUCCUUGAUCGCGACGGCCCCGAAUCCUACUUAGCAAAUACCCCUGGCUCGCCAACAUCUCUUAACCCGAAUCCUGGAAACACUCCAGUACAUCCGGUGUCACCCAUCAUGGCUGACGGAGAGGAGGAUUACAGCUCAUUGCCAAUUACAGAUCGCUGGGUCCAUAAGAUCUGGAAAGUCCGAAAAGGAGCAUACGAAGAAGCCCUCAAGCAGUUCGAGGUCAGCGCCGACGAAUACGAUGCCGCCUUCCAACCAUUCCUGCGGGACCCCUCCUUAUGGAAAGGCGCCGUGGCCGACAGCAACGUGGCAGCACAGCAAGAUGGCAUGGCAGCCUACUGUGCAUUCCUGAAGUUCGGUGGCAAGGAACAUGGCACGAGAUCAAGAGGCGUCACAGUCACACCCAUCUGCGAAAAGGGUCUCCCAUCCACACGAGCGGCAACAAAGGCGUCAUCCAUCGAGGCACUGCUCCUUCUUUGCGAGGUCGACGUGCCAAACCCCGUCAUCGAGGACGUCCUGCCCGUCCUGUCCGCCAAGCAACCGAAGACUGUUGCCGCCGCACUGAAUGCCUUGACCGCCAUCUUCCACAACUACGGCUGCAAGCUUGCCGACCCUAAGCCUGUCCUGAAAGUUUUACCAAAGGCUUUCGGUGCCGCAGACAAGAAUGUGCGAGCUGAAGCGACCAACUUGGCAGUGGAAUUCUACAGGUGGCUGCGAGAGGCUAUGAAGCCCAUGUUCUGGGGCGACCUGAAACCGACCCAGCAGACAGACUUGGAGGCACAGUUUGAAAAGAUCAAGGCCGAAGGGGCUCCGAAGCAGGAGCGGUUGUUACGGACCCAACAAGCUGCAAAAGAAAAGGCUCCGGCCGCCGGGGAAGCGGACGAAGGCGGCGAGGAAGACGAGGGCGAGGAACCCGAGGAGAUCGACGCUUUUGACCUAGCAGAGCCCCAGGACGUCCUCAAGGGCAUACCCGGAAACUUCUACGACUUGCUGGGCUCAUCGAAAUGGAAAGACCGCAAGGAGGCCGUCGAGGCGUUAUAUGCACUUGUAAACGUCCCAAGGAUCAAGGACGGAGAUUUCAACGAGGUCAACCGAUCACUGGCGAAAUGUAUGAAGGACGCAAACAUCGCUGUUGUCACACAGGCAGCGCAGUGUAUUGAGCUCCUAGCCAAGGGACUGCGGAAGGGCUACGGGAAGUACCGAUCCGUCGUCAUGCAGCCCAUCAUGGACCGCCUCAAGGAGAAGAAGCCCACCGUCCAGGAUGCCCUUGGUGCAGCACUAGACCAGGUCUUUAUGGCGACGAGCCUGACGGAAUGCUUUGAGGACAUUCUCGCCUACCUGGUCAACAAGAAUCCCCAGGUCAAGGAAGGCACCAUGAAAUUCCUCGUCCGAUGCCUGCGGACGACAAGAGACGUGCCAAACAAACAAGAAAUUGGCGCGAUGGUCGAGGCUGCAAAGAAGCUCCUGGCAGAAUCUAGCCCUGCACUCCGUGAUGGUGGCGCCGAGAUACUGGGCACCAUCAUGAAGAUCAUUGGCGAGCGGGCAAUGAACCCCCAUAUGGAGGGUCUCGAUGAAAUUCGGAAAACCAAAAUCAAGGAGUACUUUGAGACGGCAGAAGUGAAGGCAAAAGAGAAGCCAAAAGCGCCACCGCCAGCAGCUAAACCUCCACCAGGUCCUGCCAAGAAGGUUGUCAGGAAGGUCCCCGCCGGCGCAAAGAAAGCUGCACCUGCAGCGGCGCCGCCGCGAGCCGAGUCUCCGCCAAUGGCACCACCACCGACGGCGAAACCAGUGGGCAACAAGCUUGGUGUACCGAAACCCUCUGGCAUUGGAGGUCUGAAGGCACCUCAGAAGAGAACACUGGCAUCACCCCGAAAACCCAUGGCUGCGCCGCCCCCACCGCCAGAAGAGGACGAGUAUGAAGAGGAGCCAGCGCCAGUCGCCUCUCCUCCCCGGCAACGUCUUGGGCUGGGACGUGGCGGUCUUGCUGGCCGCUCUCUGGCCAAGCCAGCAGCACCGGCAGCCAUGGCCCCCGCCGCCGAACCUGCCCCGGCCGUCUCUGGUCUCACUGCAAUGGAACGUGCGGAAUUGGAAGAGCUUAGGGCCGCUAACGAGAGCCUGUUGCGCCAGGCUGACGAUGCCCGCCAUGAGCGGUCCAAGAUGAUGUCCGAGAUCCAAGAACUCAAGAAUCAAAAUGCCCAGCUCAUUGAAGACCACACUCGGGAUGUUCUGAGCAUCAAGGCAAAGGAGACGCAGCUCGUGCGCGCCCGUAGCGACGCGGAAGCGGCAGAGAGCACAAAUGAGCGUCUGCGAAGGGAACUCGACCGACUGAAGCGAGCUCUCAGUAAGUCUGAGCAGCUCGGUAUGCAGCGUGACGACAUGUUGAGUCCCACCCUCAGCAGUGCCAGCCCGGUACACGAAGAGAUGGGCGGCGGUUUCCGGGACAGGGAGGGCAGCUUUGGCGGUGGUUUGCAUAGGGCAGCAAGCACGGCGUCUAGGAAUCGCACCUCAUAUGCGAGCAACCUGUCUGAGGAGAAGGAGAACGGAUUUGGUCCUGACGCUCCUCCGCCGUACGCACGGCACAAGGCUCUGAGCCCCGAGCUGGGGAGAUACGGCAACGGCAACGGAGCCAGCUCAGCUAGCAGUGGACGAGCAUCUCCCGCUAGGAGCUACAGGAGAGACGUCUACUCGGGCGAGCAUUCUUCUGCUGCCGGUGGUGCCGCCGCUGGUAGCAACGGCAACGGCGCUGAAAGCUGGAAGAGGGCUGCCGAGGUGACCAGCCAAUUGAAGGCAAGGAUUGAACAGAUGAAGGCCAAGCAAGGGCUUGCCAAGCAGUAGGUUCUGCACAAAUUGAGCCCGAGCCGUCGUCAUCAUGGGAGCAUGCGUGUGAGACCUCAGUCGUGUGCGGGCAUCUACGGGCCACCAGGCGAUCCACGAUCAUUCUGGGAGCUGUGAAGGAUUUUUUGUUUAGAGGCUCGUUCGUUGUAAGCAGGAUUCUUCUCUCAAGGGGAGUGAGAUUUGUGGAAGGAGGUCUAGCAUUUACAAGGCGUCGUGCGUGCAGUCCUUUGCGGGGCUAGGGGAAAGGUACAGUCUGCAUUUGCACCACCCCCCGGCGUCUUUGUCUCACACCUAUGUCUGGGAUGGACUUUUGUUUGAUGCGUGCGCGUGGGAAUGGUUUUGGUAAAAACUUAGAUACCACUUGCGGUUCUCAAUUCCGCUCAUUGUACUUGACUUUUGCCAAUAUCGAUGGAUAAUCAUUUUCUA